AUGUCCAUGUUCAUCUGUGUUGUCAUGUAUGCUGGAUCUGGUGUGGAAGAAGUGGAAUUAAGCUGGGAAGAUUAUCUAGAAGAGACCGGGUCCACUGCAGUUCCCUAUGGAUCGUUUAAACAUGUGGACACACGUUUGCAAAAUGGAUUUGCUCCUGGGAUGAAACUGGAGGUGGCUGUGAAGACAGACCCUGAAACCUACUGGGUUGCCACCAUCAUCACCACCUGUGAGCAGCUGCUGCUUCUCCGCUAUGAUGGCUACGGGGAGGACCGGAAGGCCGACUUCUGGUGUGACAUCAGGAAGGCCGACCUCUACCCCAUUGGGUGGUGUGAGCAGAAUAAGAAGACCCUUGAAGCCCCAGAAGGCAUUAGAGAUAAAGUGUCUGAUUGGGAUGAGUUUCUGCGGCAGACCCUGAUGGGAGCGUGUAGCCCUCCUGUUCCACUUCUCGAAGGCCUCCGCAACGGGAGGAAUCCUUUAGAUCUCAUUGCUCCAGGCUCCAGGCUAGAAUGUCAAGCUUUCCGGGACUCAUUAAGCACUUGGAUUGUUACUGUAGUAGAAAACAUUGGGGGAAGGCUGAAGCUGCGUUAUGAAGGACUUGAAAGUUCUGACAAUUUCGAGCAUUGGUUGUAUUACUUGGACCCGUUUCUUCAUCACGUUGGUUGGGCUGCUCAACAGGGAUAUGAGCUUCAGCCCCCAUCAGCCAUCCGGCAUCUGAAGAAUGAAGCUGAGUGGCAGGAGAUCUUGGCCAAAGUGAAAGAGGAGGAGGAGGAGCCAUUACCAUCAUACUUAUUUAAGGACAAACAAAUUAUUAGCACUCAUUCAUUCUCUGUAAAUAUGAAGUUGGAAGCUGUGGACCCCUGGUCUCCUUUUGAGAUCUCUCCCGCUACAGUUGUUAAGGUUUUUGAUGAGAAGUACUUCCUGGUGGAAAUGGAUGAUUUGCGACCAGAGAAUCAUGCCCGGCGAUCUUUUGUGUGUCAUGCUGACAGUUCUGGUAUUUUCCCCGUGCAGUGGAGUCUGAAGAAUGGUUUACACAUCAGCCCCCCUCCUGGCUACCCAGGCCAGGACUUUGAUUGGGCCGACUACCUCAAACAGUGUGGUGCUGAAGCUGCUCCCCAGAGGUGCUUUCCUCCGUCCAUUUCUGAGCAUGAAUUUAAGGAGAAUAUGAAGCUUGAGGCAGUGAACCCUCUUCUCCCCGAAGAAGUGUGCGUUGCCACCAUUACUGCGGUGAGAGGCUCCUACCUGUGGCUCCAGCUGGAGGGUUCUAAGAAGCCCAUACCGGAAUGUAUUGUGAGUGUGGAAUCCAUGGAUAUAUUUCCUUUGGGCUGGUGUGAAACCAAUGGCCAUCCCCUCAGCGCCCCUCGCCGAGCACGAGUACACAAACAGAGGAAAAUUGCAGUGGUUCAACCAGAAAAACAAAUACCAUCCUCCAGGACUGUCCACGAGGGUCUGAAGAAUCAGGAGCUGAACUCCACAGACUCAGUUAUGAUUAAUGGAAAAUACUGCUGUCCAAAGAUAUAUUUCAACCACCGUUGCUUCUCAGGGCCAUAUCUUAACAAAGGAAGAAUCGCUGAGCUGCCUCAGUGUGUAGGGCCUGGGAACUGUGUUCUGGUCCUCAGAGAGGUCCUCACUUUACUUAUCAAUGCAGCCUACAAACCCAGUCGCGUCCUUCGGGAGCUGCAGCUGGACAAGGACUCCGUGUGGCAUGGAUGUGGGGAGGUCCUAAAAGCCAAAUACAAAGGAAAGAGUUACCGGGCUACUGUUGAGGUAGUGAAGACAGCAGAUCGCGUGACAGAGUUCUGCAGGCAAACCUGCAUCAAACUGGAGUGCUGUCCGAAUCUCUUUGGCCCGAGGAUGGUUCUGGACAAGUGUUCUGAGAACUGCUCUGUGCUUACAAAGACCAAAUACACACACUAUUAUGGAAAGAAGAAAAAUAAAAGAAUCGGGAGGCCACCUGGUGGGCAUAGCAACUUAGCAUGUGCCCUGAAAAAAGCCAGUAAGCGGAGGAAGAGGCGGAAAAAUGUCUUUGUCCAUAAGAAGAAACGCUCCUCGGCAUCUGUUGAUAACACCCCGGCGGGCUCGCCCCAGGGAAGUGGCGGUGAAGAUGAGGAUGACCCAGAUGAAGGGGACGACGAUUCCCUGAGUGAGGGCAGUACGUCGGAGCAGCAGGACGAGCUACAAGAAGAGUCAGAAAUGUCAGAAAAAAAGUCGUGCUCUUCCUCACCCACCCAGAGUGAGAUCUCUACAUCACUGCCUCCCGACAGACAACGGAGAAAAAGAGAGCUUCGCACUUUUUCAUUUUCUGAUGAUGAGAAUAAACCUCCUUCACCAAAGGAAAUAAGGAUUGAAGUUGCCGAGAGGCUCCAUCUGGACAGUAACCCCCUCAAGUGGAGCGUGGCGGACGUGGUCCGGUUCAUCAGAUCCACCGACUGUGCUCCGCUGGCGAGGAUAUUUCUAGACCAGGAAAUUGACGGACAGGCCCUGUUGCUUCUUACCCUUCCCACUGUUCAAGAGUGCAUGGAUUUAAAAUUGGGCCCCGCCAUCAAACUCUGCCACCACAUAGAGAGGAUCAAGUUUGCAUUCUAUGAGCAGUUUGCCAACUGAGAAGGACAACCAAAGUGAGCUGUGUCUUCGCAGCACAAGUGCAGCAAAUCCUUCUCGCUGCUCUCCAAGCUGCGCUGAGUCAGCCCUGGGGCUCUGGGCGCUGCAGGGCUCGGCCUGCUCUCUUUGCACUUUCAGGGAAGGAGGACCCACACCGAGGAAGCAAAAACUGCAUGGAAGGGGCUCCCCUGCCAGUGGGAAUGUGGGCAUCUCUUGGUCAGCAGAUUGCAGUUUUAAAAAGAAGAAGGGUUGUGAAGAAAAGACUCGUGUCAGAAGAACGAACAUUUCCAGUGGUGUGGCCUGAAAACGAAGAAGAACCUUGGCGGCCGGAAAGCACCCUUAUGGUUGUGUUCUUUUUGUUCUGUUCCUUCCCAUUGUAGAUUGAACUCUUUCCUGGAAAGAGAGGACAUAGCUUUAAGUCAGCACUGAUUUGGGACUGUGCCUAAGGCACCUCAGUGCUUCACUGUCAUUGUGUUUUUAAGCUUUUUUAAAUUAAAACAGUUCAUUUUGG